GCGGCGGCGGCGGCGUCGUCCCCGACGCCGUUCCUGGGGUACGGCGGGAGCCCGUGGGCGGCGGCGGCGUCGGGCGACCGCGGGGUGGAGCUGAUCAACCUGCUGCGGCAGUGCGCCUUCGACGUCGACGCCGGCUCAUUGGAGCGCGCGGACGCCUGCCUGGCGCGCAUCGCCGGGCUGCUGUCAUCAUCCUCCUCCUCCUCCGCCUCCUCCGCCUCUCCGACCGGCGGCGGCGGCGGCGGCGGCGGGGGGCAGGCGACCAGGGUCCACCGGCUGGCGACCAUCUUCACGGACGCCCUGGCGCGGCGGCUGCUCCGGCGGCCGCUGCCGGGGGCGUACGAGGCGCUGCUGGCGCCCGCGGCGUCGUCGGACCCGUUGCUGGUGGCGGCGGCGCGGCGGCACUUCUUCGACCUCUGCCCGUUCCUGAAGCUGGCGUUCCUGACGUCGAACCAGGCCAUCCUGGAGCAGAUGGAGGGGGAGCGCGUGGUGCACAUCGUCGACCUGGCGGGGCCCGCCGCCGACCCGGCCCAGUGGCUGGCCCUCCUGCGCGCCCUCCGCGCCCGCCCCGAGGGCCCCCCGCACCUCCGCAUCACCGCCGUCCACGACGACCCCGACGCGCUCCACCGCACCUCCGCCCUCCUCUCCAAGGAGGCCGACGCCCACGACAUGUCCUUCCAGUUCCACCCCGUCCUCUCCCGCCUCGACGCCCUCGACUUCGACUCCCUCCGCGUCAAGACCGGCGAGGCCCUCGCCGUCUCCUCCGUCCUCCAGCUCCACUCCCUCCUCCCCCCCGCCGCCGACUCCAACAGCACCGCCCCCCUCGCCCUCCGCCACGCGCACCACCUCAGCCCCGGCUCCUUCGGCGAGCUCCUCGAGCGCGAGCUCUCCCUCGCCCCCACGCCGCCGCACUCGCCGAGGAGGAUCGAGUCCUUCCUCUCCGGCCUGCUGGCGCUGGCCCCGAAGAUCGUGGUGGUGACGGAGCAGGAGGCCAACCACAACGGCGCCGCCUUCUGCGAGCGCUUCUCGGAGGCGCUGUACUACUACGCCGCCAUGUUCGACUGCCUGGAGACGACGGCCCCGCGCAGCGCCGCCGAGUGGGGCCGCGUCGAGCGGCUGCUGCUCGGGGAGCAGAUCCGCAACAUCGUCGCCUGCGAGGGCGCCGAGCGCCGGGAGCGGCACGAG